AUGUACACCAAGACAAUUGCAGCCGCUUUGGCACUCAUCCAAUCGAGCAGCCUACUUGUUACUGCUGGUUCGGCCACCGAUUAUUGGAAGAACUUCAACUCGAGCGUCGAUCCUACCAACAUUAACAUCCCCGAUAUUCCUCAAACAACCUCGUAUGAUGAAACCCAAGAGUGCGUUACCUAUCAGCCUCAAGGCAUCAACAUUGUCCAAAGCGAAUGGCCUACGCCUUGGGAGACCGCCACUAGCAAUGGCAUGAACACCUCGCAAGAAUUCCAAGACCUUUACAAUUCCAUCCCAUGGUCAAGCAUGCCUAAUAUCUCGGUGCGCACAUUGGGUGCUGAUGGAUCGGUUGACAUGACCAAUUAUGAUCAAAACGCUGAUCCUGAUUGCUGGUGGUCAGCAUCCACUUGUACCAAGCCCAAGCAUUCCGAUGUCAAUGAAGAUAUUUAUGCUUGCCCUGAACCUGAGACAUGGGGUCUUACCUAUGAUGAUGGUCCCAAUUGCUCCCACAAUGCCUUUUAUGAUUUCCUUCAACAACAAGAAUUGAAGGCAACCAUGUUUUACAUUGGUUCCAACGUCAUUGAUUGGCCCUAUGGUGCUAUGCGUGGUAUCAAGGAUGGUCACCACAUUGCCGACCAUACAUGGUCUCAUCAACUUAUGACCACUCUCACCAACCAAGAAGUACUUGCCGAACUCUACUACACCCAAAAGGCCAUCAAACUGGUAACAGGCAUUACGCCCCGUUAUUGGCGACCUGCUUUUGGUGAUGUUGAUGAUCGUGUCCGCUGGAUUGCCACCCAAUUGAACUUGACCACUAUUCUCUGGAACUUGGAUACCGAUGACUGGGCAGCCGGUAACAGCAUCCCCGUUCAAACUAUUCAACAAACCUAUGAUGAUUACAUUGAAAUGGGCAAGAAUGGCACCUUUGCUACCAGCGGUAACAUUGUAUUGACUCACGAAAUCGAUAACACUACUAUGGAGUUGGCUGUUGAAAACAUUCCCAAGAUCAAGGAAGCUUACAAGAAUGUCAUUGACGUUGCCACUUGUAUGAACAUCACUCACCCUUACAUGGAAGAAAACAUCUCGUGGGCCGCCUUUGGCAAGUCUAACUCAAGCGAUGGCACUUCAGCUAGCGGUGAUUCUUCAAGCGAUUCGCAAGGCGGUAGCUCUGCUGCUUCUGCUCUUGUUGGCACCAAGACUGGUGCUGUUCUUGCCAUGGUUGGUGCUGCUGUUGCCUUCUUGGCUUAG